UAAUCUGUUGAUCGACCGACACGAAGCCCGGCGCAGAAGCGGAAAACAACAUGGCGUAUGUACACAAAACGUAACAAGAUGUGGCAAUCCACAUCAAUUCUAAUAGUUUAAUUGAAUAUUUAGCUUUAUUUUUUAUUCGGGUGUCGAGAGAGUGCUCCAUAAAAUGUGAUCGUAGUAAAUAAAUGCCAAACGGCGAGGCGGACGGCGAUCCUUUCAUGUCCGCCGUCACGUAGCACGGAGGAGCGUCCUCCGGCAGCGGAGCGAUGGCCAGCUCCCUGGACGACCUGGAGGAGCUCGCGCUGUGCUCUUGCUGCAAGCGUGUCUUCGACGACUCCGAGCGGCCACCAAAGGUUCUGUCGUGUAAGCACUACUUUUGCCUAGCCUGCACCCGCGGCGUGUUGGACGCCGGCCGGGAGGUGCGGUGCGUACACUGUUGGAAGCGGACGGAGUUUCCUGACGGUCGUCCAGAGGCUCUGCCUACGCACGGCGCCGCCUUGGCCUUGGCCCGCCGGCUCAGCCCCGACCCACCCUGCGCUGUGCACGCGCUGCCCGCCCUGUGGUGCGCCGCCUGUGGCGUGCGCGCCUGCCGUCUAUGCGACCACGCGCAUCACGCGCAUGCUUUACGCCCGACACGCGAGGCUCGCGCGCUUCUGGCCCGCGAAUCUCGCCUCCUCCAAUCCGAUCUGCAUAGACUGGCUGUGCGACAACGGGACUCCUUGCUUCGCGCUCUGGACGCCGCGACGGCGAUGAAGACACGUCUCGAAGCGGAACUUGCGCUGCCUCUGUCCCCAGUGCCAGCCUCCGUCGACCGACUGGUCGAUGAGGGCUUCUCCUUGGCGACGGCCGUGUCAGAACGUGAACGUCUCCGAGCCCGCCACGCCGACGCAUUGUUGCAGUGCCGCCUCGAUGAUUUAAUUAGAAAUGCAAACGUUCCCCUCGAUUUCGAAUUGCUUCGACGCGCCCUGUCGGGCUUGGGCCCCGGCGAGUCGUCUCCUCCCAUUUCCGGCGAAGAAGGGCGCGAUCCCGUCCUCUUCUUGGCGAAUUACUGCAUGGCUCAAUUGUACACGAGGCACUGCCUGGUGCGCCGCGCUCAGCCGUCAGACGUCAUCGAUGGCGUGGGCGUGUUGGAAGCGGACGCAACCCCCGAGGCAGCCUCACCAGCGCCCACCACUGCCGCGCUGGACUCCCCGAUGCUUCGCAAUCCCUCCACGUAUCCUUUGUUUUAUUUCAACUUAGAAAUUAACGGAAACCCGUUCGGUCGUGUAGUGAUAGAAGUACGUGAUGAUGUCGCGCCUCGAAUGGCGCGCAAUUUUUCCGUUUUAGCGACAGGCGAACUGGGCGUCGGUUAUCGUGGUUGCACCGUAUUCCAGUGUUGGGAAAAUGAAAGCGUUAUCACGGGUGAUUUUGAGCUCAAUAACGGCCGCGGCGGACGUUCCGUGUUCGAGGAGAGCUAUUUUAUGCCAGACGAUACUAAGAUGGUGGCUGUUCGCGGUUCGGUUGGAAUGCGUCGAUCGCAGAAACGUCAUGAUAAUUUGGGGUUAGUUGGAUCGCAGUUUCGGAUUAUGCUGCGUGAGAUGCGUGGGUUUACUGCUAUUUUCGCUUUUGUCGUGGAGGGCCUGGAAUUAAUUGAUAGGCUGAGUAGGACCGGUGAUAGUGCUGGCAAACCUCAUAGCUCCAUUCUCAUAACCAAUUGUGGCAAACUUAACUGAAAACCAAUCUGUUCUCUCCCGAGCAUAUCAUGCCUAAUGAUACAAACUAAUAUUUUGUAUAACGCGUACCUAAUUUUCACCUCUAAUCGUCGGACCAAACUUGUCGUUUUGUCUACAAAUUUAUUAUUCGUACUAUAAGCUAUUUUUAUAAGUAGAAUUUUCAAGUAUUUACACGGUGUAAUCGAAGUUCGUCGGCUUGAGCUUCUGUAGUGUUAGUAGUUAUUCGUUCGCAUAAUAUCGGUGUUUAACAUAACUACUAUAGUAAUAGGUAGUGCGUCGCAUUAUUGGUCGUAUUGUCGUGAAGAUGCCAUUCGUAUGAGCAGCAACCGGAUAACAGGGAUAUCAUGCGUUAGCCGGCUCGCGACGCCGGUUAGCCACUCGUCUCGUAUCGUCCUAGGUAUUAAAAUGUGUAGAAUAGCGUACGGCAACGCUUUUCGUCUACUCGUCUGAUAGGCCUAUAUAGGUUCCUUACUUUCUAAGCGCGCCUGUCGCUAAAGUGGAUUAAUCGAUUCUAUUUUAUCGUGUCUCGCAGAUAUAGUUUUAAGGAAAACGAUUAUAUUUUGAUCAUACUGUGUGUUAAGAUAAAUGUUAAAUGUUAUAGAGAAUUUACUCUUAUUGUUAGCCAAACCUCGUAAGCUUUCGUAGCCACGGAGGCUCGUCGUAUACUAAAUCGGCCGUUAUAGUCGUCUAGAAUAGAUUUAUAUUUACAAACAAACGUUACCUCUCGGAGAAUAACUAUAUUGAUGUAUUUACGUGAUUGAUUGUGAAGAUUUACUUCAUUAAGCUAUGAUACCCGUAUGAUUAAGACUGUGAUGAUAAGCGUAGUGAUGCAGUUUGCUGUGGCACCGAGUGCCGCGAAAGGUCAGUGCCUGCUUAAUUAUAAUAUAUUUACUAUUUAUUGUAACGUCGUAUCUUCGUCUAAUUCGCGCGCUAGGCCCUCGGAGAAUGGGCUCUUUUAGUCGAUCGGUCAUUAGGACCGCAAGCUUUAUUGUACCGUCGAAAUAAUUGUCCACGAUUUUAGGGGGCCUAUUACAACCCCCUCCGAUUCAGACGUCUUUAAUGUUGAAAUUUGUAUAUUUUAUUGUAUUAAUAGUUUAAAUUACGAUAUAGUUUAUGCAAAUCUUAGUGAAAUGAUUUUAACGGUCACCACGACCAUGUUUAACAUUUAUAACAUUGUUAAAUGGAUGGAUGGAUUCGUGAUAAAUAAAUAUGUGGAGCAAUAAACUCACCGUUUUAUUU